AUGGCUCCCACACCUUCUUCCAAGCAAAUCCACUCGACCCUAUUAAAAACUCCACAAUCAAAGCAUCGUCUAAACUUCAAUGGCUUCAAAGCAACACCAUUUCCAUCUCCAAAUCCCAAUGUUGCCACCAACAAAGAAACCCCUCCAGAACACCCAAUUGAAGUAAUUGCCAGAAUACGUGACUACCCAGAUCGAAAAGACAAACCUUUAUCGGUUCUUCAGACCAGUUCAAACACUAGAUCUAUUAGGGUUCGUGCUGAUUUUGGGUAUAGGGAUUUCACCCUUGAUGGGGUGUCUGUCUCUGAAGAAGAGGAUUUAGAUGUGUUCUACAAGAAAUUUGUGGAAUCAAGGAUUAAUGGUGUGAAAUUGGGGGAUAAAUGCACCAUUAUGAUGUAUGGUCCAACUGGUUCUGGAAAGAGUCACACUAUGUUUGGGUGUUCAAAGCAGGCUGGGAUUGUGUAUAGGGCUUUGAGGGAUAUUCUUGGAGAUGGUGAUGCUGAUUCUGAUGGUGGUGGAGAUGGAAGUGAUGGUGAUUCUAAAGGAACGUGUAUUGGGUUGAGAAAUUUUGUUCAGGUUACUGUUUUGGAGAUUUAUAAUGAGGAGAUUUAUGAUCUCUUGUCCACCAAUGGAGGAGGUGGUGGUGGAGGAUUUGGAUUUGGUUGGUCUAAGGGAAAUUCUUCAAAGGUAAAACUUGAAGUGAUGGGGAAAAAAGCCAAGAAUGCUACCUAUAUAUCUGGAAAUGAAGCUGGGAAGAUCUCGAAAGAAAUUCAGAAAGUGGAGAAGCGAAGGAUCGUUAAAAGCACACUUUGUAAUGAUAGGAGUUCUAGAAGUCACUGCAUGGUAAUGCUUGAUGUCCCAACGGUGGGAGGGCGGCUAAUGCUUGUGGAUAUGGCAGGAUCAGAAAACAUUGAACAAGCUGGUCAAACUGGAUUUGAGGCUAAAAUGCAGACUGCAAAAAUUAAUCAAGGAAAUAUAGCACUGAAGAGAGUGGUUGAGUCCAUUGCAAAUGGUGAUUCGCAUGUGCCUUUCAGGGACAGCAAACUUACCAUGCUGCUGCAGGAUUCCUUUGAAGAUGAUAAGUCGAAAAUUCUAAUGAUAUUGUGUGCAAGUCCCGAUCCUAAAGAGAUACACAAGACAAUCUCUACACUAGAAUAUGGAGCCAAAGCAAAAUGUAUAGUUCGCGGCCCUCAUACCCCAAUUAAGGAGGAGGAAUCUUCUUCUACUGUCAUUUUGGGAUCAAGAAUUGCUGCAAUGGAUGAAUUUAUCAUGAAGCUACAAAUGGAAAACAAGCUCAGAGAGAAAGAGCGAAAUGAAGCGCACAAAAAGCUGAUGAAGAAAGAGGAAGAAAUUGCCGAGUUAAGAGCGAAAGUGGAAACAGCUCCUGCAAGUGAGGAGGAGAUUAACCUAAAGGUAAACGAACGAACCCGCCUUCUGAGACAAGAGUUGGAAAAGAAGCUGCAAGAGUGUCAAAGAAUGACUAAUGAGUUUGUUGAGUUGGAGAGGAAGAGAAUGGAAGAAAAGAUAUUGCAGCAGCAAGAGGAGGUUGAAAUCCUGAGAAAGAGACUGGAAGAAAUCGAGCUGCAGCUGUGUCAUAGUACUUCAAGGCAAGAAAGCUGUAUCGAGGAAAACGAAGUAAAAGACGUGGAGCCAAGUGGAUUUAUGAGAAAGCUACUCCGCGUUUACAAAAGCGAGGAUGAUCCUGGAAUGGUGAAAUCAAUGGAUUUGGACAUGGAUGAUCAAGAACCUGUUGUUGUCGGCGGAGUUACGUGCAAGAGUGGUUACAAUGUUAUGCAAGAUGUUUCUUCAAAUCAACCUUGUCCAAUUACUUUAAAUGGUGUACAAGAAGAGGCUUAUGCUUGUGCACCAUGCUUUGGUCAAAAAGCAUGUCUAAGCACAGUUUAUGAAGAAGAAGGUGAAGAAGAGAAGGACUAUGAGGAUAAAGUGGAAGAUGAGGAAGUUGAGAAAGAAGUGAUAGAGGAAAAAAGGGUAUGCAUUGUUAGCCAAAGUCCAAAGAGAGAGGAUCAUUGUUUUAAAGAAAAUUCUGAUGCCGACAAGGAAAAUAAUGGUUCCUCUAGACUACUGAGAAUUCAAAACAUAUUCACUCUUUGUGGAAACCAAAGGGAACUCUCCCAGUUUGGAACACCAAUCCCUACAAAAAAGAGGUCUGAUGAAACUUUUGAUCUCAAAUUCUCUCCUGUGAAGUCAAGUGAGAAGAAGGAUUCUGUUUUAAAAAUGUCCAACAAGGAGAACCUGGAACACUAUGUUGUUGGAAAUUAACUUCAAUUUACAUGCACUGAAACAUGAAAAAAGGUUGUACAAUUUUAUUGAUUGGAUGUGUUUUCCUUCCUGGAAAUGUGAUUUGAUUUACCUAUUUUCUUAUUAAUACUACUAUUUGUUUCUGUGUUGAAUUGUUAUACAUUUGAUAAUUGAUUAUUGUAUUUCUCUAGCAACACAUUGCAAUCUGAGUUAUGUAUCAAUGUCAA